UGCAGCAUCCUCUAGUGCGCGAACCAUCAUGUGCGUCGUCCGUGUAGUUGUCGUUGUUUUGGUUGGCGGGUGUCGAUUGUUCUAAUUAUAUUCGGCAGUGAUUGUUGUUGUCAAUCGGUGACAUCAGCUAUGUUUCAGUGCAUUAUCCAGCAGCGCAAUGGCUGGAAUAGGAACAGCCCCGAACUGAAGGAUGUUUAUCCAGACAUUCGACUGCAGUUGAACGAGCAGCUGCGAUGCCUGGACGUGCGCAUGGAGACGCAGGUGGCGGUGGUGGGGGAACUGCAGGACUUCUUCCGGCGGCGUGCAGAGGUCGAACUCGACUACAGCAAGAACCUCGACAAGCUGGCCAAGAGUCUGCAGCUCAGGCACAAGGAGCAGAAGCAAAAGAGAGAACAGUGGCCGUUGUUUUCGUCAUAUAGCUGUUGGCAGCAGUUGGUCACACAGACACGGAACCUCAGCAAGGACCAUGCCGCACUUAGCGAGGUCUACUCGACACACCUUGUCAGUCGGCUGGCACAAGUUAUCGAAGAUGUACAAAGGAUAUACAGAAGGUGUCGUGAAAUAGGUUACGAGACUCACGAAGAAAUACUGAGGGUUCUACAUGAGCUGCAUACCACAAUGAAAACCUACCAAGCCUACCAAGGCGAGUGCAGGCAAGCCGAGGCCAAGCUCCGACUUGCUGAGAACCAGAGACUCAAAAUAGAACAAUCCUUGCCCAAGGAGAAGCUGGACCGUUCAAAAAAGUUCAGACUUGUAGAAAAAGAAGUACAAAAGAGAAAAAACAAAUACUUUGACGCCAAGUUGAAAGCACUUAAGGCGCGAAACGAGUACGUGUUGUGCCUGGAGGCGUCGAACACCACACUACACAAGUACUUUGUGGACGACCUGUCCGACCUGAUAGACUGCAUGGACCUGGGCUUCCACGAGUGCAUCUCGCGAGCGCUGAUGAUGCACAUCUCGGCCGAGGAAGGCCACCAGGGCUCCGUGCAGGCCGGCCUCGAUGCGUUGCACUCCAACAUCGCCGCACUCGACUCGCGGCUCGACAAGCAGCGCUUCCUCGAGUUCAACCACUCCGCCUUCAUGAUACCAAAGAAGUUCGAGUUCCAGGGCAAGACCGAUGAGUUCGCAGAGCCCGAACUGCAGAAGCUGUUGUGCGCGGAGAUGGAGACGCGACUGGUGCAGCUGAAGACGCGGCUGACGACGUUGCGCGCCGAGUCUGAGGAGGUGUGGAAGACGCUGGAGACGGCCGAAGCGACGCUGCUCGACAUGCUGACGGCAAAGGACUACGACUGCAGCGGCUACUUUGGCGACAACGCGCUGCCCGCAAGCAAGCCGCCUGAGACUGUUUCCAUCAAGCUGCGUGCCGAUCGACACGAGACCGAGGAGUUCUACCUGACGAAACUGCGCGAAUUCAUGCUGGGUACAAGCCGGAUAGCGAGGCUGGACUCGAAGCACGAGUACAUCAGGCAGCAGCUGCUGGACAUGUCGAGUGGGGUGGAGGUGAUCGGAGGCAGCGGGGGUAUUGGAGGCGGCUCUCAGAGUCCCGGCCUCCUGCAGCCUUCGUCCGCCUCCAAGCCGCCCCGCCGCAAACGUAUCGGCCGCCUCCACAUGAACGGCCAGCCCAAGCUGUUUGGCGGCAGUCUCGAGGAGUACCUAGAGUCGCUCAACCAGGAGAUACCGCUCAUCGUCAAGAGCUGUAUCAGGGUUAUCAAUCUCUACGGACUCCACCAUCAAGGGAUAUUCAGGGUAUCUGGUUCUCAGGUUGAAAUCAACAACUUCAGAGAGGCGUUCGAGAGGGGGGAGGAUCCCCUGGCUGACGUCACUGAUGCGUCAGACAUCAACUCGGUGGCCGGCGUCCUCAAGCUCUAUCUCCGCGAACUCCGAGAGCCUCUCUUCCCAAUCAUCUAUUUUGAACAGUUCAUGGAAUUGGCUCAAUUGGAGUCGAAGCAGGAAUUUGUGAUGCGAAUGAAGGAUCUCGUCCAAAGUUUACCACGUUGUGUAGUUAUAGUCAUGCGUUACCUCUUUGCUUUCCUCAAUCACUUAUCAGAAUACAGUGAUGAGAACAUGAUGGACCCAUACAAUCUAGCGAUAUGUUUCGGACCAACCCUGGUGCCUGUGCCUGAGGACAAGGACCAGGUUCAGUAUCAGAACCAAGUCAACGAACUCAUCAAGAAUAUUAUUCUAUUCAACGACGAAAUCUUCCCAUUGAACGAUUUUGGUGGCACUGUGUAUGAGAAAUACAUAUCGAGAGAGCCCGAUGACAAUGAUGUUGGUGAUUCACCAUCGGACCAUGUGCAAGAGGAUAUGGACUCUGAAGUGUACCCUUCAGAAGAUGAAACUGAAAGCUUAGAAGCUACCGCACAAUUUGAUUUUAUCGCUCGUUCUGAAAGGGAAUUGAGUUUGCGCAAAGGAGAGCACGUGACUCUGUACUCACAGGUGUCCAAUGACUGGUGGAGAGGGAGUGUUAAUGGAAAGGAAGGACUGAUACCCGACAAAUACAUCCUACUAAAAAUGAAGGAUGAGGACAGAGAGAAGAUGGAGCUGUUCAAGUCGAGCUCUUCGGAUGAGUCGAUGCGACGGCGAGCUUCGAGCUCGAAUGACUCUGUGCUGUCGGGGGCGUCGAGCUCGCACUCGCCCCUGCUGGGGGCCACGCCCCCCUGGCCCCCCAUCCUGCCCCCCUCGCACCACUCCGCCUCCGUCGCUUCCACCGUCGCCACUCAGGAGGUGAUGGGAGAACAAUUGCUUGUAAAAGAUGCCACUAGUGAAGAUACUUUAAACAAGGGACCCUCACGUGCGAUGAGCUGCAACAGUCUUGACUCAGGCAAAGAGUCGGCCAGCGACGAGCAGCUCCUGCGAGGCGACGAGUCACUCGACAACUCGAUCCACACCUCCCUCGGUUCGGUCGAGGAGUUCGCAGCCGGCCAGAGGACAGUCGUCGACAUGGAGAAGAAGAAGACGCACUGGAAGAGUCAGAGUGUGGGCGAGGUGGGUAACGGGGUGAGCGAAGCACCCACCAACUUCAGCCAGAACAGGGAGCUGUGGCAGAGGAGAGCCGCCUCUCAGACUCAUCUGCAGCACCAGCAUCUGCAAGUGCAUGGUUCGCAGAAGGAGGGCGAGCCAGAGGUCACGCACAAGGAUAUCCCGUUGCCGGUGUUUCAGCAAGCGGCCACAGAUGAGUCGGCUGCCGGCCGCGAUCUGCGACAAACGCCCGACCUCGUCAUGGACCUGCCUCUAGUCAGCGGCACACCCGACUCCACCGCCGCCGAAAAGACGGGCGCCGAAAGUCCCACCGGACCCGAAAGUCCCGACAUGACCACGGCCGCCGAACGCUUCGCCAAACAGAAUCAGUGCACUCUCAAGAAGAACACCAAACAGAAGGACUCGAAACCUGAACAGACACCUCCUCCCCUCCAGCCUAAGCCCCCACUCCUCAAGGCCAAGCCUCAGCUGAUGCGCAAGCCCGUCCUCCCCCACCCCUCCGCGCAGGUCUCCCCCCAACUCAUCAGACGCGACACCACCAACUCCUGACUCAACCAUCCCAUGCCAAAACAACCUUCUCAACAAUAACAAACAUGCCUUGCGUCGUCUACCUUUAUUUCUACUAUUUAGUACUCUAAGGCCUGGUUCCACAAAAGCAACCUUCAAAUUUCAAUCGUGAUUAAUUUCAAUAGAACCAAUCAAAGAAGCUUUCUUUUCGAAAACGCCUCCUCUGAUUGGUUCUCGUGAAAUAAAUCACGAUUAAAAUAUAACCGACUUUUGUGAAACCGGCAUUAAGGCUCGGCUUCUAGGACACUUAGGUCUUGUUGCACAAAAACCUGUUAAAUUUUAAUCAUGAUUGAAUGUCAUGAGACACAAUCAGAGGCAGUUGUUUUGGAUAGAAGACUUCUCUGAUUGGUUCUCGUGGCAUUUAAUCGCGGUUAAAAUUUAACAGGCUUUUGUGCAAUCGAGCCUUAUCAAAUAUAAUGGACCUACAAAUCUCCGUUAAAUCCAUAGGUUUAAAGAUCUAUCAAAAUUGUCCUAAGGAUUUUAUGUGUACGGUAAUUAGGCCCGGAUUGGGCCUAAUACUAUUUUUACCUGUAAGUAGCUCGGGCACAUUAAUGAUUACAUAGAUUUACUACUACCCUUUUUUACAUUUCAUUUGCGUCUAUAAUGAAAUAUAAAAAAGGGUAGGUCUACUAGUAAACUAUUUAAUUAAACCUAGAAGUAGCCCUGUAAAUGAGCUCGAGUACAUAUUUUUGAGUGACGACAGUGUUUGGUAAAGACUGAUUAAAACUUCUAUCUACGGUUGUGAACCAAACCUGAACAACGUUAAUAUUCUUCCAAGGUGCUGUCUGAAAUGUUUUUCGAUACUCUUCUAUCUCCUAGAAUGAAAAAUAAUAUUAAGUAUUUUUUUUAUUUUUUGAUGGAAUUUACUUGUCUGUUAUCGAUGUCACGAUCAUGGGUUUCAUUACCAAUCAGUCGGCACGUCCUUGUGUCGGCAAGUUCGUGUCAAGUCAUAUACUUAUGUGGGCAUCAUCAUCAGUUGUAUCUUGGAAUCAUAUAGUUCUAAUUUUAGAAACUAUACUUAUAUCCUAAUGAUUCCUUCAAACUCACUUUAACAAGGAUAAUAACAGUGCCAAGCCGUCAUUUUUUCUCAAAGUAUUAAUUUAAUUCGUUACAUUAAAAUAUUAUGGAAUAACGUUUGGGCAGCACCAUAUAAAUUAUCUCAGAAUAACUUAUUACACAUCAUACUUAGAUACCGUGGUUUGCAGUUCUAUAUUUUCAAUAAUAAUCUUUUUAUAUCUAUCGAAUACAAUAUAUAUUGUGGUUAUGAAUUUUAUAGCUGAUACUCAAAAUAAUUAUUAUUUAUCAUUACAUUUAUGUGUACGGUACUUAUAAUAAGGGUUGUGUGACCAUUUUUCUCAAUAAUAUACUAUUGAUGUCGAAUUAUAUUGGUAAUAAAUGUGAUUUCUCCUGGUAAAACUAAUGCUAUAAAACGUUUGGACCCCUCCUGAGUAAUUAGAUACCCUUUGCUCUCCCUCUAAAAAACUGUACAGUAUUAUUAUAACAUCAACCCCUGAAGGUAAAAAGUGUUGAUAUUUUUUAUCAAAAUUAAUACAAAGCUUACAAAAGACUGAUUAUUUUGUCUAUAGAUUUUUGUAUACUAUGAGUGGUAUGACUGUAUUUUAUAUUGAAGUUUCUUACAAUUAGAAUAGUAAAUUAUCAAAAUACUAAUAUUAUUGUCUAUGUAAUAUCCAACGAAUGUAAUUUUUAAGAUGUGAGUUCUAAUUAAUGGGUUCCUUGUAUGAACUUAUGUUGGAGAAUGAAUGAUUUUUAUUGUUGAGUGAUCUGAAUAUUCGCAUCAUUGUUACAUCUAGUUUAUACUAUGAUAUCACGUUUCUUGGUGUUCAAAUUUUAAUGAUUAAUUUUCCAUUGUAUGAUACGAUAAAUUUUUGCAAUUAAGAAGCACACCAAAUAAUGUAUAGAUGUGAAACAAU